UCCCUGCACUGCCCGCCCCUUCACUGGCCUAUCGUUCCCUCUCUCUCAUACGCCGGCUGUUUCGCGGAGAGAUCUCACUGCCUUCCUCACACCUGUUAGCUGUAACCACCUGACCGAGCACCAGAAAAAGAACACGAACGAGAGAGACGGGAUAUGGACCUUUAUUCAAUCAUCACUGCUGUUUUGCUUCUGCAACUGCAAGGUUUUCAUGUGGUCUUGCUCCAGGCACCAACAAACUCUCCAGGACGGACGAUCGAUCAAAGUUGGCUUCGUCAACUGUUCAAAUCCAAGCUCAACAAGACAUCAGAAGCUCCGUUCAAUGUCUUGGAUGAUAUGAACCAGGAGGGUACUGAGUCAACAGAUGACUCUGCUUGGGGUAUUGCAGAUGGUUACAUGUCAUCUAGUGGGGAACAGGACGACAUCCAGGACACAAAUGAGACUUCUGGUGAUGUUAUGAUUGGCACCACAAUGCCACCAGAGUUGCCAGAUGCUACAGCAGAGGACCCUGAAUUGCCAGCGACCGCUGUUGAAUCUCCAGAAACCACUGUUGCACCAGAACCCCCAGUGAGUGUUGCCUUAAACUCAAGCCAAGUUUCCAAUGCAACUGGAGAGGACAGUGGACUCCAAACUACCACCACCACUCCAAUCACAGAAAACUCAAAUGGCUCUAAUUACAUGUCCAAUGACACUGAAUUGAAUGAGACAACCACAGCUCCAGACACCAAUAGCACAGAUAAGGCCGGUCCAGAUCCUGAUGCUGAGAACGGGGUAACCAACAGUACAGAGGACAGCCAUAAUGUAACGACUGCAGUACCAGAAGGACCAGAGCCAUCAAGUGAACCAUCCACAGCUUCCCCCACCACAGAGCAGCCCUUGGACUCACCUGGGACUACAACUGCCAAAAUCAUCCCAGAAACUACAACAACCACAGGUCCCAGCACAACGACAGACAUGAUGGAAACUGGUGCAGCUUCAGGGAACAACUCUGCGAGAGGCUUGGCCUCAGAUGCAGUGCAGAACAAGAAGAAGAGUGAGGCAUGGGGUGCCAUUCUGGGCACAGGAGUGGCAGUGUGCUUUGUGGCGAUGGUGGUCUUUGUCAUCUGGAGAAGGAGAGGCCGACGGGAUUUCACACACAUGAAGCUUGUUGAGGAAUUCCCCUCAGACCCAGUUCAACAACUGGACAACAGUGAGCCUUUGGAUUUGAAAUAUGAUGGUUCAGCUUACUACAAUCCUGGAUGCCAAAUGGACAACAUUUCUCGAGGACAUCAAAAUUGAAAAGGACUCCAAGUCUAACCUUAAACACGUUAAAGAAGACUUUCAUAUACAAAAUACUUAUUGAGACCCAACAUAUGCAAUUACGUGCAUAAAUAUCUUUAACAGAAUGUUAAGUCAUAGAUUUUUAUUAUUAUUUUUUUCUUCUUCUAAGGGGUGGAUCAGCUUAAUAUUGCGGAAAGAUUGUUGCUUCCAUCAAUGUAACUGUCUGCAUCAUUUCCCAUCCGCCAUAUAUAUAUAUAUAUAUCCAUAUACAUACACAUAUGCAUACAUAUACACAUACACAUACCUAUAUAGACAUACUUUUUUUUUGAAUAUGCCUUUACUAUUCCCCGCAAACCCUACCUCUCCUCCACCAAUUGGAGUAAACUAAUAGCUCCUAUAAGUCGAUCUGGAUAAGAGUGUCUGCUAAAUUACUAAAAUGUAGAUAGGGGUCAAAAAUUAUUGACACUCAUGUUUUCAAAACUCUAGCACCCUUCCCUUGUGAGGAUAAUGACACCUUUUUGUCAGUGGUUUAAAGUGCUUAAGGAAAAAUACUUUAAAGUACUACUUAGCCAUUUUGGGGGGUAUCCGGACUAUAUUAUUUAUAUUUUUUACAACUUUUAUUUUUACUUCACUACAUUCCUAAAGAAAAUGAAGUACUUUUUACUUCAUAUAUUUUCCCUGACACCCCAAAAAAUUCAUUUUAGCAGGACAAGAAAAUGGUCCAAUUCACACACUUAUCAAGAGAACAUCUCUGGUCAUACUGUCUCUGACAUGGCGUACUCACUGAACACAAAAUGCUUGGUUUGUAAAUUAUGUCUGAGUGUUGGAGUGUGCCCCUGGCUAUCCGUAAAUAAAAUAAAACAUUUAAUUGUG